GUGACAGUUCGUUUAAAAUUAAUGUUUUUGUGUCUGAUUAAAUGGAUCUGGACAAGAAUAUCCUAAAGGAUAUGGCAGAUGGCAUGCUGAAUGAUAUCGUAUCAUCCAGGGCAUACGAAUGGAUAUUCAAGCGUUAUGAAAGGCUCUUUAAGGACAAGAUAGUCAUGGACAUCGGUUGUCGCAGUGGAUUACUUAGUAUGAUGAGUAUUGAAGCGGGCGCAAUAAAAGUUAUAGCUAUGGGAAAUACGGAAAGUGCUGACAUAGUAAGAAAAGCUAUUACCAAUAGCGAAAAGGAGGACAUUUUUGAGUUCGUUAAAGGGGACAUCGCGCAAAUUAUUUUGCCUUGUGGUCUGAAGAAGGUCGAUAUUAUUGUUUCCGAGUGGAUAGGUCACUCUAUUUUUGUGGAGUCUCUUUUCAAGGAAGUAAUCUUCGCCAGAGACAAAUGGCUUGUAAAAGGCGGUCACAUAAUUCCCAAUGUGGCUCAGCUUUUUGUCUGCGGAAUUUCGGAUCAUCCUCGAGAAAGCAUCGAAGUGAAUAUCCUUUCACAAACAGAUUACCCCGGCAAAAGUUAUAUGGUAAAGGAACCCGUGUGUUUGAUAGAGGACUAUGUGAACCGGGAUGAGCUCAUCACCGAGAAAUUUCUGCUCAAAACCAUCGAUCUCUGCACUGCCAAAAUAAGUGAUGAGAACUUCAGGAUCCCCUUCAAGUUGAGGGGUUUGAAGGACAGUCCACUAGGAGCUUUGGCUCUCUACUCGGAUGUGGGUUUCUGCCGACCCAAGUGUGAACUAAGGCGUUUGUUCUCUACGAGUCCGAAGAAACCUCGCACCUAUGUGAAGCAAACCAUCAUUUUUGUGGAUGACCCCGUUGAGGUGACCAAAUAUGAGCUUUUGGAGGGUGUCCUUGGGAUGUACUACAAUCCCGAGGAGCAUCGCGAAGUGGAAUAUUCCCUUUCAUUUCCUAGAUUUGAACGAGAAUAUUCCGUAUCAGAAUCGAACUCUAAAGGAUGCGCAGAAGUCUCCGAAUCAGAUUUUGAGCCAAAAGGGGACGUGGAUUUGAGCGAAAUAAAGGAAAGCUCACGUUGAUGUAUUCA